AUGGAAAACUACCAACAUCUAGAGCCCUACGAGAACCUUUUAAGCAUACUUCCUACGCUUCAGCAAACUCUACAAGACGUCUCUGAUAAGACUUCAUCAUUUCUCAAAACGACAACACACUGCGUAUACACACCAGUUGUCGACGAGAGGUCCGAAGACACUAUCAGCCGCGCUAGCUAUAUGCUGAACAACAUCGAGAAUUUGGUAACGAAACGAAAGGAGUUGAUAGCACUUUGUACAGCUUCCUUACAAAUUUUUCAGAAGGUGGAGGAGGCUUUAAAAUAUGUGGCGGACAGCUGCAUGAAUGACAACUACGAGACAUCUCAGUGCACAAACAACUUGAUUGACGUCAUCAUCCAAGCAGAAGAAUCUUUACUGAAGGAGGACCUAACUUCGCUUGAAGAAACUGUUGUGAAUCGAAAAAAAGAAUUUAACGAUCGGAAAGAGGAGCUAAUGAACAAAAAAGUACAACUGGACAAACAAGAGCAGAAGGAGAGAAAACUCGUGAAGCAAAAAGCGCAAGUCGACGCGGAAGUCAAAGUGAUUUCUGCGGUCGAAGGUGUCGACGCAAACAAAGCUCAACAAGCGAGGGUCGAGCAAGAAGCGCAAGAGCGGAAAGUCCUUGAGGGGUUAUUGAAACCCGAACAAAUUGCCAAAAUCGAAGAGUGGACACACAAGACCGUCUCUGGAAUUUUGUUUAACUCCGAAGUGGACAAUUGGAGUCGAGGAAAUUGCGUUUUUGCGUCUCGGGUGAGUAACAAGUCGCAUGUAGUUGUACUGAUCAAAGACGACCGUGGUGACAUGUUCGGAGUUUAUGUGUAUGGUACAAUCGAUAAAACGGACGUUCGCAUCGAAGACCAAAACGCGUUUGUCUUCUGCCUUGAGUCGAACGGGAGGUUACAGAACAUGGAGCGGUUCGACUCAAAACCCGACCAAAAGAUCUUCUGUUUGUACUCCGACGAAAACCCGUCGUGGAUAUUUGGUGUUGGCAAUUCGUACUUGUUUGACAUAGGCGUAUGUAAAUAUGGCUUACAAGCAAACCACUGUGUCCAGAGUUCUUUUGACUAUCGUGGAUUCAAAUACGCGCUCUGUGGCGACAAGCGUUUUGUUCCGAUGAAGAUUCUUGCGUUGCAGAUGAGGUAG